ACGGACUGUGUCUCUUACCGUGACGGUCUGUUCUUAUAGUAGGGCCAUCCAUUCAACGAAUCAUAGCAGCUGCGUUUAGUUUUGACACUAGGCGUAGAUGUGAAUGAGCACCGUUGACUGUCGUUGGCUUCAUUGUCAUGCAUAUCAACCAACGUCGACUGCGUUGAUUAGACACCUUUAUCGGUGCAGUCUUUGUUCAACCUUUCCGCCAUUCGUAUUCUGGUGGAGACUUCCCUCACAUGUAGCAGACAAAUACAACCACCCGAAAGUCUUCUGCGACACGCGCAAUCCUGAACAGGUUCGUUUAUUCCUGGUAGAAUAUCAAGGCCGCAGUAGAUACAAAUUUGUACAAAACCUGCCACCUUCUUAUCACGCUCUGAUCCUUCAGAUCCUCAUUUCUCCAAGGAGGCUGGUUGCUAGAGGCGGCCCUAUGAUAUCAGUUCUACUUGUAUCAACCUCACCUUGUCUACUUCUGUCGGUUGCCGCUGCAUCUGAAGUUCUUAUGCUAAGCUCGCCUUUCUUGUGUAUCCUUGUCCGGGAUACACCUGCGCGAUACCGUUGCGCCACCGAAGCAGCUUAUGUGCUCAGGCAUGACUGGUUGCCCGAACCUUCAUUAGAAGGCUGGGCUAUCCAUUCUCGAAACUAUCUUUCCGUACAACUGUUAAUGGCCCUGGAGCGCGGUUUGCAUGUUGUCACCUACAUAUUCUGAACGUUCAUCAUAAAGGCGUCAAUGCGUUUCAGAUAUAAUACACUGGUCACUGCUGUAGCAAGACAAAAGUGGUCCUUGUCAAGAUCUCCGUGUUCUGGGCAACCAUCUCCAGAUCAGCCCCUCCAUUCGUCCUUCUCAUCACGAUCGUCCCCGCCUCACCAACGUUCCCGGCAGCAACCAAGAACUCAUUCUCGUCCCCACCAAAUUCCAUUCCACGGAUCUGUUGCAAGCCCGUGAAAACAUGCUUGACAAACUUCAAUUGGGGCUCCACCUCGUAGACAGCGAUGGCAUCGCCCUCUGGUGCUGGUACCGGCCCAAUGUUCCUGUUUGAUGCGUAAAUGUAGGCUUUGGGAAACUUAGGUGAAGAAUCGAGGAGGCGGAUCUCGGCUGCCGCAAAUUGGGCUUGGGGAGGUGGGUUUGGAGGGGUUAUGUUAAAGGUGGCUAUCAUAGGUGAAGGCGCUGUGGGGUCCUGAGGAAUAGCUUGUUGAAUCGGCUGUGUCAAUUACGAUCGCCCUUGGACUAAUUGCAGCCAACGUGUUCUCACCUUUGACAGCAAUGUGUCGUGGACCGCUAUUUGGAGGUUGUUGCAAUUGACCUUGGAUCUUGUAUUCGCCAGUGAUGUUGUCUUUUGCCAAUCUCCAGACGGUAUCGCCUCCCUAUUGAAUGUGAAUAACGCAAUUUCUACC